AUGCAGUUCCAAACGGUCCCAGCGGUCCCAGCCCUCCUGGGCUCAAGUCCUGGUGCCUUUUGCUAUGCAUUGCGGGCCGUGCGGGCCUAUGCUGCCGGUGGGCCCCACCAAAGGCUUUUCACUUCCAAUCAGAGAUGGGAGCAGAUGCUCAGAUUAUGUAGGCGCCCGCCAAAUUUCCCAACCAUCUCCGCCGACGUCCGGGCUUUGCACAAGUCUUUCAGUCUGGGGAAAUACCAGGAGUGCGCCAGACUCUACGACAAGAUCCUUGGAGACACGCCGGAUGCAGUUCAUCCAGCAGUCCUGGAACUUGGCCUUAGAAGCUUCGGGCUGCUCCAACAAAAGCAGCGGGUGCAGGAGAUAUGGGGUGAGACUGAAAAGAGAAAUCUUCGCGACAAUGAGAUGUUCUUUGCCAUGCUCUGUGCCCUGGCCGACCUCGGUGAUGUUGAAGGCGCUGCUCAGCUCGUGCAGCUAAUGCUCGAGAAGAAGCAGGAAAUCAAUGAACAUAUUCUUGGCUCUGCCAUCGACGCCUGCAAGAACCGAGAGCCUCCCAGCGCUUCGGCGGCUCGAUGCUUCUUCCAGGUCCUCGUGCAUGAGAGAGGCGUCCAGCCCAGCAUUGUGGCCUUCACGAACCUUGUAGCAGCCCACCGACGCGCGCCCAUUGCACAGCUGACGACGGUCUACCAACAGAUGACUCAAGAAUUUGGUCUGCUUCCGAACCUGGUGUUCGCGGAGACAUACCUCGGCUGCGUGCUGCUCCUGGGUGACAAGUUCCAGAACGCGCGCAAUGUGGAGGAGGUCGCCGAUCGGCUGGCCGGGGUGGCUCAGAGCCGCCAGGAAGCCGCACGAGCCGCUCUCCGCGAUUUCCGGGCAGCGGGCUUGCGGCUUUCGAGGCUCUGCAAAAUCAUCGAGAAGUACUUGUCCAAAGUUAGCCGAGCAAACAUGGCGCGAGAAGACAGCAUCAAAAAGGAAGUGCUGGAUGCCCUUCACAUUCAGAUGGUUAUCUGGCGGCUCGGUGGUUCUGCGCGCCGUCUAGAAAGGGCCUUUGCUGGGCCGCGGCGAGGGCUUGUGUCCCGCAGAGACUUUGAGCAUGGCCUAAGCGAGUUGGGCCUCAGCGCGGACGAUCUGGAAGGCCUGGGCUACGUGGACUCCCGUCAUGCGUUCUCUUCGUUGGACCAUUCAUCGCGAGGCACUCUGCUUCUCGAGGAGCUGACGCGGAAGCCAAUCGCCAGAAGACACAGGCUAUCAUCGGCAACAUCCGCCACCUCACGUGCUCUGAGGCGAAGCACCUCUGUUGACAGCCUCUCAUCUACGGAGACUUACGGCGGUUUGGGCCUCGACUCUGCUCGCCUUCGUGAGGAGUUGGAUGAUGUUCUUGUGCCUCUACGCCAGCGCGAGAAGGAGAUAAGGCAGCUCCGCCUCGAAGUGGACGAGCUCCAGCGCAAAAAGGAACGGGAUAGCUCGCGGCAAGUCCACGGAGCUGUUCGCGCCCGAGGCGAACAGCAAAGACGUAUGGAUGAGCUUUCCUGUCGGCAUCGACAGAGGAUAGAGGAGCUGCAGGCCCAGACGGAGGCCGCUCGGCGUGCGGAGGGAGAUCUCCUGGCCCAGGCUCGCGAGCUGCAGCACGCCGCUCAGCGCUCCGCUCGCGCGCUGCGGGAGACAGAGGAGGACUGUGCCCGAGCGGAGGUUCGCGCCGGCAGCUUAAAGCACGUGGUGGCACAGGUCUUCUCCGAUGCUGCCCAGUACAGCAUCGGCAAUGAGGAGUUGCGUGCGCGAGAGAGUGAACUCCGCGACCAGCUCCUCCGAUGUGAGGCGCGAUGCAACUACCUGCGCAGCAAGGUUGAAAGCAGUUCGCCCAUCAGCCCGCGUCGGCGAUGGUGGGGCUGCGGAAACCAAGCUGCUGCAGAGGCGGCUGAGGUGCUGCGCACCGAGCAGUUGAGCCAAGAGGUGGAAGACCUGCAAAAGCAGUUGCUUCGAGGCAAUCCCGAUGUGCGGCGCCGGAACCAAGUUCUGGACGUCGUGGCACAAGGCAUUUCCGAGCUCUCCUCGGAGCUGCUGCAGCAGGAGGCCAAGGAGACGGCAGGUCGGGCGGAAAUGGCUCGGACGGAAAAGAGCAUCGAGGCUCUUCAAAACACCGCUGCGCAACAGGCGGCGGAGAUCGCCACGCUGCGCCGGCACAGCGCCGAGGCAAGGCAGGCGGCAGAGGAGGAGAUGAAGGCCGCGUUGGCAUCCUCCGAUCAAACUCUCCGUCGCCUGUCUGCUGAGACAGCCGAGCGCAGGGAGGAGCUGCAGGCAGAGAUCGCCCAGCUGCGGUGCAAGCUUGUGGAGUCAACGGAGUCCGGCAGCAUUCUGAGGGAGCAAACUGCCCCGGAGCCAUCGACGGCCAGCGCCAGACGUGCAGAAGAGGACCUUCUUGAGGUUGUGGAGCAAAAGAGCACCAAGGAGGCCCUAGCUCUGAAUGUGCAGUCGCUUCAGGCGGAGCUGCAGGUGCAGGCGCGGAAGGACGAGGAGACCCAGGAGGUCUCGAGAUUGGAAGAAGCGGCCGCGCACUUGACUGACGAGUGUGACGCGCUCUGGCGCAGCGUGACCAUGGAGAAGAGGCGCUCAGCUGAGGCGGCGGCCCAAAGUUGCGAGGCCAUCCUCGAGAUGCAAGCCCAGCUGCGGCAGCGAGUUCGCGACAACUUGCACCCCACCUUGCCGGAGACAGAGAUAAAAUUUGAUGAGCGCUGA